AUGGCGCUCGCGUGGAAUCCAUCAAAAAAAUACAGUGAUCGUGAAAGGUAUAUUUAUUGAAAUAUACCAAUUUUUAUGCUUAAUAUUUAAUUUUGAACAAAAAUGUUCAAAUAAUUAAAUUUUUAAUAGUUAAUACACUUUAUUUAUAAUAUACGUAUAUAAAUACAUAAUUUUUCUGCUACAUAACCUCUCUAACAUCAAACUGACAGCAGUAUAAUAAUCAUUUUAUUUGUGGAUUUUUUAUAGGUGGAUUUGUAUCUAUCCAGUGUACCUCAAUAGUAAGAGAACUCUAGCAGAAGGUCGAAAACUCCCAAAAGAUAAAUGUGUAGAAAAUCCAACGCACCAAGAAAUUCGUGAUGUUUUGGUAGCAGCUGGUUUCAAUGUUGGAGUAGAAAACAAACUACAUCCACGAGAACGUAGCAAAGAAUUAUUGUAUCGCGGACGUAUUCGCGUACAGCUUAAAAAUGACGAUGGCACUCCUGUGAAAUCUGAAUUUCCUACCAGAGAUUCAGUUUUGGCCUAUAUAGGUACAACCAUUCCAAAAUUAAAAACUCGACAAGGAAAGCAAUCGAGUGGUGAACAGUCUUCUCAAUCAUCAAGUUCAUCAACAAAGAAAGGAAAAGGAAAAGGAAGAAGGUAAUAAAGGAAUGUGUGGUAAUGGAGGAAUGUGUGGUAAUGCUGGAGGAAUAUGUGGUAAUACUGGAGGAAUAUGUGGUAAUGCUGGAGGAAUAUGUGGUAAUGCUGGAAGAAUAUGUGGUAAUGCUGGAGGAAUAUGUGGUAAUGCUGGAGGAAUAUGUGGUAAUGGAGGAAUAUGUACAGCUCCAACAAUAGAAUCAGAUGAAAUUGUAUUUGAAUUUUGAUCAUUUAUAGUCUUAAUAUCCGGAUUAUUUGUUUCUUCUGCAUUAUUAUCAUCAUCUGCAUUAUUAUCAUUAUCUGCAUUAUUAUCAUUAUCUGCAUUAUUAUCAUUAUCUGCAUUAUUAUUUGGAUCACAAUUUCUUUCUUUUAAAAAAUGAGCAUGACCUUUUAGAGGUCCUCCGGUGAGAAAAUAGUUUGCAACUUGAUGAGCAUCACCUGAAGGUUACCAAUAUAUUGGUAUAUAUUAAUUAUUAUUUUAUUUUUCUUAUUAUAAUUUUACCAAGUCUAAGAUGUUGACUAGAUCCUUUUACACCACGUGAAUUUCGAUUUUGCUUAAUGAAUGCGUUGAAAUUAUUAAAAUCAGUUUCUUUUAAUUGCCUUUCAGAAUGUAUUUUGUAAUCUAAUGAAACAAAUCAAUAUAUGGAAUAUAAUACUUUUUUCAUAUAUAAAAUUUAUAUCUUUUUCAUAGUUUUGUGUUACCUGUAUAGUCAUGGUAUGUAUUGGGAUAAUUGGACCCUAUUGAUGUAGAUUCUUGUAAAUUGUGAAAUUUAGCACAAGAAAUAUCACAUUUAUACACUGUAGUAUAAUAUAAAAUAAAAAUUAGUGAUGUUAAUUUAGAGUGCUUCAUGUUACAUUUAAAGAAUUCACAUCAAUUUUAAUUUCAAUCAGUGUCUUAAAGCACAAAUUCUGGACUGAAAUCUGACGUGAUUCAACCUAAAAUUUAUUGAUUUUGUAACAGAAAAUGUGCUGACAGUUUAUGAACAAUUUAUUUUAUUUGUCAUAACAUCAUGCUUACAUAUCAAUAUGCAAGAUUGUAAAAAUUUCAUCAGAUCUUAAACAAUUGAGUAAUAAAACUUGUUAUAUGAAAUUAUUACCAUUUCCUUUGUUUAAUUCAUUAACUUUUGUCACGAGAUGUUAAUUUUUAUUUUGAAGACCUUUAUCAAAUUACAUUUCAAAAGAAAUAAGAAUAUAUUUAAAUUUUAUAAAAAAUUUAGUAACUUUGUAAUAACUUAUACAAUGUUAUGAUAAAUUAUUAAAUAUAUAUAUUGCAAAAUCCCAUUUUACAAUUAACAGGAAAUUUGUAAAAAAAAGAAACCUUUCUUCCGUGACAAUGUUUUUCACAUUGCCGUGACCAGGAUUCGAACCUGGGUUACUACGGCCACAACGUAGGGUCCUAACCACUAGACGAUCACGGCUAUUGAAGGUUACAGUAAUCUAGUUUUUUUUUUACAAACUAAACGCUUAUUUUUAUCUUGUAAAUAUUAAUGCUUUUUUAAUUUAUAUAUUUUGUAAUUAAUAUGUAUAUAUACGGAUAAAUAUUAGCAUAAUUAUUAAAGUAUAUUCUAAAUUAUUGAUCAUAUACAUGUAACGAAAUGACAAAUCAUUUUUAUUACGAAAUAGUUAUUUAACGAUGUUGAACAGUACUUAUAAUGAAAAAAAUUUUGUAGAAUAUAAUAGAAAUUAUUUCGAACAUUAUUUAGAUACGAAAGUUUAAAACUAAGAUUCAAGUUGAUAAAAUUAUAAAUAUUCUGUUAAAUUAAUUAUCUUCUUUAAUAGAUAAGAGAAAUUAAAUUUACAUGAAAGGCGCGCGCUUAGUUGAAGAUCGAAACAAUAUUAUAAUCGAUAUUUCUCGCGAUUUGUAUUUGUAACAUAAAAGUGUUAGUUUUACGCGGUAAGCGCGAGGAGAUUAGAGCUCCAAAAGUUGAGAGAGAUAAAAAUCAAUAACUUUAGAUUUGUUUUUCCAUUGUUAAACAUAUCUACAAUUUAAGAAAGUUAUUAGAUGUAUUCAGUCCAGUCACUUGUUGAUUAGAAGUGAAUAUAUACAUACAUAUAUAUUAUGUAAACUACAGCUCAAGAAUGUAUUUAGAGAUAUUAGAAUUAGAUUUUUUUUAUGUAUUAUAUGGAAUAUGUAAAAUGUUUUAUAUUUUAUAUGAGUACUAUAAUGAUCAUAGCCAAUUUGAAAAUGUAUAUAGAAAUGUAUAUAAUAGUUAUAGGUUACUGACAAAUUAGUAUCUUAG